AUGCCUGCUGCUGCGCACCAGCUUGCAGCAGCGCUUGUGCGUGACGAGCGGCUUGCAAAGGAAGCGGACACAGCAGCUUCAGGCAACGACGGGCGGCGGGAAACCGUCGCUAUUUGUCGCCAGCAGCUUGUGGAGCAGCGAGAUCCACGGACGGGUAUGCUGUAUACCGCUUUGAAGAUCGAGUCGGCUCAGUGCAACGGAGACGACGGCAAAAGAUCCGCAACGAGUGACUCGCACUUACUUGCGACGGAGCAACGUUCUCUCACCGCUGGGCUGAGCGUGGGCUUCUCGUUGGAGGAUGUUGCAGUAUUCGUACCCGUCCUUCCGAUCAACUUUGGUCGUCACGUGGGCUGGCUAGACCAUGGCAGAGAUGUCAUCUCUAGCGAAGUUCGCCAAGCGCAUUCACGUGCGCGUCUCGCUAAGGCCGCCGGUAUAGGGAGGGAGGAGGGAGCUAGAGAUCGCGGGCAGUGCCUUAAUGGGGCAAGUUGCAGUGCAAGUCGCCGCCAUAGACUUAUCGACCGUUACCCGGAGCAUGUUCCGCUGCUUCCGGGCAUUCUACAGAAAGCUCAGUCUCUGCACACCAAAAUCCCCAAGCGUUUCCGUUCAGCCGACCGCGAACAACUCGACACGGGACUGCAGCCGGACAGCGCGGACAGGGGCAGUGAGAUCUACCGCCAGCGUCGCCUCAAGCGCAGCCACCAGCUCAUGAACAGCCAGGACGACGGCAGCUUCUCCACGCUCAGCUCCCCGCGCGGAGAGCAGCAGCAACUUCUGUGCAAGUACAAGUCCGGCAAGUGCUCGAACCCGCGCGCCACCAAGCGCAACGGACAGCUUCAUACUCUAUGCCAUUUCCAUCGGGAUCGCCAAAACGAGCACCAGCGCAAGAGCGACCGUAAGCACCGCAUGGUCAGCGUCGCCCGGCGGGCCAAGCUCGGCAGUAUCGGUGUCGGCAGCGACAGCACGCGUCGGCAUAGUCUGCACUCCAUCACGUCGCUCGAAGCUGCCUUCCCAAAUGGAUCUUCCGUCUCGCCGCUGAACCGAUUUGGCUACGAUCAGAACGCGUCGGACGCCUUCAGGAAUGCCCAAUAUGCUACAGGCGGCGUACCCAACGGACUAGGAGGAUUGGCGCCGCCGCCGCCUGUAGGAACCCCACGCUUGCCGCCCAUUAGUUUUCUCAUGCCUGGCAAGUUGGAUGGCUAUCGCGCCACUAGUGCCGCCAUGCCCAACCUUCCGCCCAGCACCUUCAUCACUGAUAGUCUGAACGGCAACGCGGGCAAGACGGCAUGAUCCAGUGAUCAUUUUUGGCACGUAGCUCGCAGCUGCUGCUAUCUGCAGAAUUCUAUUCAGCUCGCUCGCACGUUCGACUCGCUUUGCGCAGGGCAUCAUCGCCUUCAAGCUACUGCGGAGACGCAGAUCCAUCGCAUUCACCGCUACUGAAGGGACGAAGUGUACCAUACCUCUCCAAACCACGCACCACCCCUGCCAUCGCUGUUAUUUAACCACUUGGUUCCACAAAUGCACACAAAUACAUGA